CUUUCCUGGCCAACUGGUGAUCUUCUCAUUUUUUUUUCUCACCCCCUUUGAUAUUCUCCCGUGGAGAUCUUGCCUCUCGGCGCGGUCGAUCUUCCAAGAUGAUGUUCUUCUGCAUCCUCUUUUUGUUCUUCUUUCGCAACGUUAUCGCAGACUCCGAUGAUGAUUUGAUGAGCUUUGUCACGCUCCCAAACGUGCGCGCCUUGAAGCUCAAUAUCGCGUAUUAUGACCGUGAAUCCAUAAGCCCGGGCUAUUGGUUUGUUGCACCAUACGGUGUGAUUGAUCCUGAGCCACCCACGAAGCAGUGGAAGCCGUGUCAAGUCGGCCCAUAUAUAUACGAUGCGGAUGGCGUUCUCAUUUGGGCCGGAUCGUGCAUGUUCGACGAUCGCAAUAUCUUCGACUUCAAGGCCGUCACCAACAUCGAUGAUAAGCCUCAUCUGUCGUUCAUUCUACAGCACGCGUACCACGACAAUGGUGAGGAUAAAGGACUUGGCUAUGUGCUUGAUCAGCAUUACGAGCCCGAGAGAGCAGUCCCGGUGACCAACGACCUUUCUGCGUUUAACAUGCACGAUUUCAACAUUCUCGAUGGUGGAAAAACCGCCCUGGCUUGCGCAUAUAAAAGCCAAUACAUGAACCUAGGGGAACUUGGACGGCCUGAGGAAUAUGGUUGGGUGAUUGCCGGUGGCUUCGUUGAAAUGGACACGGCCACGGGGGAGGUACUUACCGAGUGGCUUUCUACAGGACACAUUCCAAUUCAUGAAUCUGUGAAGGUACAUAGCUCCUCGCCGGCCUCGGGAGAGCCGGGAUGGGACCAUAUCCAUGUAAACUCUAUUGACAAAAGCCCUGCGGGGAAUUAUCUCCUGUCUGCGCGGUUCACCAACACAAUCUAUCUGAUCUCGGGAGAAGACGGUCACAUCAUGUGGCGACUUGGAGGAAAGUUCUCAGACUUCGUUCAGGACUUCACGUUUUCCAAACAGCAUCACGCACGCUUCGUCGAAGCCAACGCGACACAUACGACCAUCUCGUUUCUCAACAAUGCCUCGGAUGAGCUUGAGCAGGAAGAAGACACCUCGGCCGCCCUCUUCGUGCAAUUGGAUACUAGCGCCUCUCCGAUGACGGCGCGUGUGGUUGGACGGUACAAUCGCCCCGAUGGAGGACUCACUCGCCUGCGAGGCAGCGUUCAAUCUUUGCCAGACGGCAACGUCUUCGUCGGCUGGAGUGAGCAAGGCUUCCAGAGUGAGCAUUCCCCCGACGGGAGGGUCUUGAUGCGGUCUACCUUCGCGUCGACCCGUUUUUCGACCUAUCGAUCAUAUAAGUUUCCAUUCACUGGCCGCCCACGCCACCCGCCGGACUUGGUGGCAGCCGUGUACGGGACGGACGAAGCUGAUCUCACGACAAUCAUCCAUGUGAGCUGGAACGGCGCCACGGAUGUGUCCUCCUGGAACUUCUACGCGCGGGCCAGCCAAGACGAAGUUCCCCAGCUUGUCGGCAACACCACCAAAUUCGACUUCGAAACCAUGUACAUAGCAGACGGAUACCUCGAUUGGGUAUCCGCCGAAGCCGUUGACCGAGACGGCAAUGUCCUCGGUACAUCGUUCGUCCACCGCACCGGCACCCCUGGGAAUUGGCACCUAGCAGGUUUCCAAGGGGAUGAGAAUCCAACGCCUGACGAUCCUGCAGCCCUAUACGGGAAGGAAGAGGAAGAGGAACAAGAAGAAGAAGAAGAAGAAGAAGAAGAAGAAGAAGAAGAAGAAGAAGUCGAUGAAGCGGCCAUUGAGGCCGAAAGAGUCGCCCAGUCAGCCUUCCAAGCUUACGAAUUUGUUCACGGCGUUGGAGGCUUGCUGAUUCUCACACUGGUCGCAUGCUCCGUGGGAGGACUUGUGGCGGCGGUGUGUUGUGGUCUCCGCCAGCGGCGUAUGCAAGCUGCAUACCUUGAAGUUCCGUCUGACGAACGGCCCCCGAUGGAGGAGCCGCGAUGACCCUGCAGAAACCAUGAUUUGGCGCAAUAAGCUUCCCGGCAGAUGUACCGAAAAGUGCCUACGUUGCCGGUUUAUCAUGAUCUUUCGAUCCUCAAGAAAAUCCAUUUGCAUCAUCUCGGCGUUUGUCUCGCUCGACCGUGUUUCUUGGUUUACAACACGCACAUGUUGACUAUAUCCCUCCUGCCUUUACCUAGAC